ACGGCAGCAUUGUCUUAUAUGUCGUUCUUAACAUGGGACAUGGCUAUGACAGGAAGGCUCUUUGUAGUGCUUUUAUGAAAAAAAAAAAACGCAACUCAAAGCGCUGUGAAACAGGUGGCUGCCCGCGUUUUUGAAGUCCCUGUGACAAGCGGAUAAGUUUGUUUCUGAACAGCUUCUUUCGCAUGACCCUAAAUGCUUUGGCUCUGGGCUCAGCUGGUGGAAAGAGCAAGCCAAAAAAUGUUGAAGCACUUCGUUGUGUUCAGCACCCUCGUGAUUUUGCUGGAAGUCUCGAGCGUCAGCAAUGCAGAUGGGAUGCCUGGUCAUAUGUUGAUGGAGCAAAUUCGAGGAAGAUUACUAGGGGGCCGCAGCCCAGUAGGGAGUGGAUUCCUCAGUGGGCCUGGGCCAGGUCGAGGUGCAGGCAUGGGCGGCUCCGGUCCCGGCUCACGGAUGCGACCAAAUAGAGGCUGUGGAUUUCUUGGUUCACUGGGGCACGGAACACAUGCCAGCUUUGGAGGCGGCGGUGCAGGUUCUGCAGUCGGACGACUUGGAGGACACCUAAUACCAGGUGCUGGUAUCUUUGGAGGAUCCUUUCCGCUUGGAGGUGGAGGCUUAGGAGACUCAGUUCCUGGCCCCGGAGGUGGACUGUUUGGAGGGCCUAUCAAUGAACAUGGCACUUCAGGACCAUUGAUAGAUAUUAAUGGAGAUGGUGGACACCAACCUGGUUCUGGCAACUCAAGAAUUAGGCCAUCUAUAAGACCAUCGGGUGGUCUAAGAUUUGGCGAACAGAGCAGCGAGAACAGUGAAGAAGGGCUGCUUGAUCUUUCCCGAAAAAGAAAAGGAGAACGGCGGGAACAUGACCACGUCGAACAUCUGAGAUAUUCAAGACAAGGUUCUCAAGAAGGUUCCGUAGCACUUCAUGGUGGGAAAGGCCGUGAACCUGAUUUCGGCAUUAGACCAGCGGUCAUGGCUCACGAGGGUGGCGAUCAUGGUAGUGGUCCGAGAAAGUCCAGAAGAAGACAUGGUAACAGGCAUUCCCAUGGACAUGGAUCAAAUGAAGAGAAUGAUUGCAGGAAUGAAGAAAAGGAUGAUCACACUUCCCGUAAGGAAGGAAAGGUGUCAAUCUCUACUUUUGCAGCUCUCUCGCUGGCGCGUCAAUGCUUAAAUUUGCUGCAUGAUAUGCUGGCUCUGCUAACAUCGAAUCGAAGUGCAUGAACCAACAAAUUAAA